AUGAAAAACAUUCCGGGCGGAGGAAACGGCAUUUGCAAAGAUUCUGAGGUGAGAAGGAAAGCUUCACACAGAAGAACUGAAGCCACCGAUGGGAAUGAUCUGGACCAGAGGAACUGGAGAAACCAGAUGGAGGAUGUGGCCCCAGUCUGGAUGCAGGAGGACAGGGCACAUCACAGGUGUGGAGCAACCAGGAGCGAGACAGAGCAUCCUGGAAGCCCAUCCAGACAGGAGCAGCUUGGACAGGGUGUAGCCAGGGCAAUGCUGCUUUUGGAAGGCCUAAGCCCAGCAGAAAAGCUGUUUGGUUUUCACACGCCAAAGAUGUACUUAAGUGUAGAGGGCUGCUGUAUUUGCUGAGCUAAGUCCUCCAGUUUUCGAUUCAUUGGCAGUAAAUGCUAUGAAAAGUACUUCCAGAGCUAUUUUGGGUUGCAUGAGACUCGUUCAGGAGAUAUCUGUAAUGCCUGUGUCCUGCUUGUGAAAAGAUGGAAGAAACUGCCAACAGGAUCAAAAAAAAAAAAACAAAAAAAACCCAAAAAACCCUGGAAUCAUGUGGUAGACGCAAGGGCAGGACCCAGUCUGAAGACUACAUUGAAACCAAAGAAAGCGAAAACUCUAUCUGGCAACAGGAUAAAAAGCAACCAGAUCAAUAAACUACACAAGGAAUUUAAAUGUCACAGUUCUGAUGUUCACAGCACUUCAAGUGCCUCCCCUGCUCAGUCUCCUUGUUAUAGUAACCAGUCAGAUGAUGGCUCAGACACAGAGAUGGCCUCUGGCUGUAACAGAAUGCCAGAUUUUUCCUUCUCAGAUCUCACACACUGGAAGAGCCAGAAAAUAUGUUGUGGGAUUAUCUUUAAAGGCCGUUUUGGGGAAGUCCUCAUUGACACACAUCUAUUGAACCCUUGUUGCUUACUAAAAGAAACAAAGAGGGAAGGUCACCCAAGAUCCACUGCAAAACCACUCUCUGCUCCCUUGUCACCUCGACCUUCUACCACAGUGACCAUAACCCACAACCAACCAAUUCCGGACCUGCUUCCACAACCCGUGGAAGGUGGAGGUAACGCUGCUUCCCUUUCAAGAAUCUCCAGCUUCCUUGCCUGUUCUCCUCUGGAGGCCCUAUUCUCAUCUCCUACAGAUCUUUCCAUUCCCAACCAGAUAAAGUUCUACCGUGGCGGGAAGGAGGGUCUUCUUGGAAAUUUUUCUGAAAGACCAGAACCUUCCAGACCUCUAGUCCCUCCUGUUCGUUACAGGCCCUUCCCUUUUACAAAAACAAAAACAAAAACAAAAAACAACAAGCAAAGAGCCCCCACCGUGGUCACACUCGAGUGCCUAAGCUCUCCUGAGAUCACAGGAAAGAGGGUCCCAAAGCAGGUCCUCUACCCUCGCAGCACACCUCCUCCCGCCCUGGGGGUCCGAGCGCCCCACGGCUCCACUACCGGGCCGGUCCCCCACCCCCUAAACCCGGGGGUCAAGAGCACGCAACGCUCUGGGGUCCGCAGGGCGCACGCAGGGGCUGUAGGUUCAGCGUGCCCCCCGCCCCCCGACGCUCAGCCCCUGGGGCCGCACAGACCCCAGGCCGCCCGGAUCAGGGUCAGGAGCUCGGUCUCCCCGCGCCCCCCACCCAACCUCCCUCGCUCCGGCAAUGCAAACCCGCAGGGAAGCCGGCGGGAGAGUUACCCGCCGAGGCCCAGGCGCGAAGACUGCAGAGGCGUGCGGGACUCUGCGGCGGGAGGCCUGCGGCUCUCCGGCCGCCCGCCGCCGCUCGCUCCAGCCGGCCGCUGCCUCUCCCGCGGCGCCUGCAGCAUCGGGCCGCCGAAGCCCGCGGCCGGCGGAAACCGGAGGAAGGUGGCCCGGGUCAGGGGCAGCGCCGGCACGAUUCCUCGUCCGCGGACCAGGCGGGGGAGCUGGGGAAGGCGCGGCGCCGAGCGGAGUCCGAGGCGCCCGGCCGCGCGCUGCCCUCCGCGCUGGGGUCCGGAUCCCAGGCGACUGCGCCGAGCGCCUCCGGAGCCGCGGGGUCGCUCCUCCUGCUCGUCUGCUGGCGCCAGACGCGCGGUGACCACGGCCGCCCCCGAAUCCACAGAGGAAGGUGCACUGCAGAGCGAGGCUGUGGGGGCUCCGCGCCCCCCGGAGCAGGGAGGCAGGAAAGCAGCCGAGCCCCUACCUUUCGGGCUGGGCGGACACCAGCCGCGCGCCCCUGCCGGGCGUCAGGGACGGAAAAUCACCACGACGGGAGGGCCCGGGUAAAGCAGCGGGUGGCUUCAGGACAAGACUUACAGGGGAUGGCCACAUCACCAAAGGAUAUUAUAAGACAGUGACUUGUCAAGCAGAGAGAUACUGCUGGGAUACAAAGUUGCUUCUGGAGAGUCCACUAGGAAUCACUGCCUAUGGAACCACCUAGGAACCUCUCCCAGCUUCCUGUCAUUACACCUGGAGAUAGACAGAGAGGCACCAAGUGUGAAAUGGCGGAAAAGAAGGCAAGGUGGAGGCCACUCGAUACACUCAAAUGUAAGCUCAUAUUAAUUGUACUCCUGCCAGAUGCUAGGUGAUUUUAUAGGUUAUAUUGUUUACCACACACAGCAGCCCUGUGAGCUGAAUAUCAUUAUCCCCAUUUUCCAGAUGAUGAAUUGAAGACUCAGUGAAAUUACCUAAUUGGCCCAAGGACCGGAACUUGUACGUGUCACACCUAGAAUUUGCACCCAGGUUAAACUCCAAGGCUCUCUUUUCAUACCCAUGACAUAGUGUCUUUCUAGUCAAGAGAUGAAGGAUGUGAGAGAAUUAAUGACGGUUACGCGAGUAUGACGUUUCACAAAAACACUUAGAACCUGGUCAAUUGAAUGGGAAUCCUGGGAAACCUUAGUUGGCUUUUUGUAUGCGGGUAUCAAGAUGGUGGCUGCAAUGGUAUGGCCAACAUUUCCAGUUCCCAUUGUUCCAGUUCCUGUUCCCCCAAACCAGAAUGUCUUCUCCAGGGAUGUGCAGACUGUAGAUUAUGGAAAUAUUUCUUCAGGACCCCAGUCAUCAUUCCUCCUGGCUGAGUCUGCUCACUUUCACACCUGAGCUCACUUUGGGAUAGAUCCCAUUUUAAUGUAAUUAGGUUAGCAGAAGCACUAACCAUAAAGGCAUCAGGGUCAUCACAAGGGAAACAUGUGCGACAGCUCCCCAGGAGCAUGCAAAUGCAACACUUCAAUUCUUCAUUUCUAUUCCACAUCAGAACAGUUUAUUACACUAUAGGACAUUAUGAAUGCAAGAGAACCGAUACCAAUAAUAAAGAGCUGUAGAGAUAGGAACCGCCACGAACAUCUGAAGUAGAAGUAAAAUGAAGGAUUGAAACUGACCACUGUUCCCUAAUGGUUUAGACUAGGAAUCAGUUUUCAUUUUACAAUGUUUACAAUUUUCGUUUUUACUGAAUCUUCUGGUAAGCUUCCAAAUUUACUUUUUUGCACUCAGGUGCCAUAUUGGCAGUUUUUCCAAAUCCUGCACAUGACUGUUAACUAUUACAAGUAUAUUAACCACAUGGUGAUAUCCUGACCAUCUGAGCAGCUCUCUUCAGUGCUUCAAAAGUGGUAAAUACAAAAAACAAAUAACAAAUAAUUAACAAAUACAAAUAACUUUAAUCUCUAUCAUCAUUUAGUAUUAUCGCAUAAAAUUGAGGGGUUCUGAAUCUCUGCCUAAGGGACUAAAGAGAAACAAUUUUGUUUUUGCUUAGAGAGAUGGGAAUAGGCAGGACUUAACUGUAUGUCUCUGUGCUUAUCAGUGAUAAAUAAAUGCAUUUUAACCAAGUCAACUAAGUCCUAGACUCUGGAUCCACAAAAUUUUGUAUAAUUGAUAAAACUUUUUUACUGGCUAUAGAUUAAAAAGCUGAAUACAGUUGAAUUUUCCUGGGCCCUUUAGAGUUAAGAGUCCUGCCACUGAGAAUCUGUCAUACAAAAUGUUAAUCCGUACACUCGAAAAAAAUAAAACUCCAAUACAAAA